AUGUCGACCAAUUUGGAUCGCGCCAUCGACAUGGUCAAGUCCGCGAUCGACGAGGACGUGAAGCAGAACUACGCCGAGGCGUACAAGUUGUACCAGAACGCGCUCGAUUAUUUUAUGUUGGCGUUGAAGUACGAAAAGAACGCGAAAUCGAAAGAACUCAUCCGGAACAAGAUCGUCGAGUACAUACAGCGGGCGGAGACGCUCAAAGAACACCUGGCGAAUACGAAGGGGGCGAGGAGCGCGGUGGGGGUGGGUGGGGGUGGGGGGAGUGCGGGGGCGGUGGGGAGGAGAAAAGACCCGAACUCGCCCUCUGACGGCGCGGGAGGUGCCGGUGGCGCAGGCGACGACGACCCGGACGCGAAGAAGCUGCGGGCGAAUAUUGCGGGCGCGAUUUUGACGGAGAGGCCGGAUGUGAGGUGGGACGACGUGGCGGGCCUGGAGGGCGCGAAGGCGGCGCUGAAGGAGGCGGUGAUAUUGCCGAUCAAGUUUCCGCAUUUGUUUGUGGGCAAGCGCACGCCCUGGCGCGGCAUCCUCCUCUACGGCCCGCCCGGCACGGGCAAGUCGUACCUCGCGAAGGCGGUCGCGACGGAGGCCAAGUCCACGUUUUUUAGUGUGAGCAGUAGCGAUUUGGUGAGUAAGUGGCAGGGGGAUAGUGAGAGGCUCGUCAAGCAGCUCUUCCAACUCGCGCGCGAGAGCAAGCCGGCGAUCAUAUUCAUUGACGAGAUCGACUCGCUGGCGGGGAGCAGGAAUGAGGGGGAGAGUGAGGGCUCCCGGCGCAUCAAGACGGAGUUUCUGGUGCAGAUGAACGGCGUGGGGCACGACGACACGGGCGUGCUGGUGCUGGGGGCGACGAAUAUCCCGUGGCAGUUGGAUAAUGCGAUUAAGAGGAGAUUCGAGAAGCGGAUCUACAUCCCGCUCCCUGGGGUGGAGGCGCGGCGGCAGAUGUUCCAGCUGAAUGUGGGGACGACGCCGUGUCAGUUGACGGCGGCGGAUUAUAAACUCCUCGCGGACAAGACGGACGGCUACUCGGGCUCGGAUAUCUCGAUCGUGGUGCGCGACGCGCUGAUGCAGCCGGUGCGGAAGGUGAUCGGCGCGACGCACUUCAAGCGGGUGAACGCGCCGGUGCGGAAUGCGGACGGCGAGCUCACGGACGAGAUGAAGAUGAAGUGGACGCCGUGCAGUCCGGGGGAUCCGGAGGCGGUGGAGAAGAGCUGGUCCGACAUCGAGAGCGACGAGCUGGAAGAGCCGCCAUUGAAGCUGAACGACUUCUUGAAGAGCUUGAGCACUGUCAGGCCCACGGUCACGCAGGAUGAUAUCCGGAAGCACGACGAAUGGACGAAGGAGAGCGGCGAGAGUGCGUAG